CCCACUGCCCAGAGCCAGAGGGAUGGUGGUAGUCACGGGGCGGGAGCCAGACAGCCGUCGCCCGGACGGUGCCAUGUCCAGCUCCGACGCCGAAGACGACUUUCUGGAGCCGGCCACCCCGACGGCCACGCAGGCGGGGCACGCACUGCCUCUGCUGCCGCAGGAGUUCCCUGAGGUCGUCCCCCUUAACAUCGGAGGGGCUCACUUCACCACACGCCUGUCCACCCUGCGGCGCUACGAGGACACCAUGCUGGCGGCCAUGUUCAGCGGGCGACACUACAUCCCCACCGACGCCGAGGGCCGCUACUUCAUCGACCGCGACGGCACACACUUCGGCGAUGUGCUGAACUUCCUGCGCUCGGGGGACCUGCCGCCCCGGGAGCGCGUGCGGGCCGUGUACAAGGAGGCCCAGUACUACGCCAUCGGGCCCCUCCUGGAGCAGCUGGAGAACAUGCAGCCACUGAAGGGGGAGAAGGUGCGCCAGGCAUUCCUGGGGCUCAUGCCCUACUACAAAGACCACUUGGAGCGGAUCGUGGAGAUCGCCCGGCUGCGCGCCGUCCAACGGAAAGCCCGCUUUGCCAAGCUCAAGGUCUGCGUCUUCAAGGAGGAAAUGCCCAUCACCCCCUACGAGUGCCCGCUGCUGAACUCGCUGCGCUUUGAGCGGAGCGAGAGUGACGGGCAGCUCUUUGAGCACCACUGUGAAGUGGACGUGUCUUUCGGGCCCUGGGAGGCCGUGGCUGAUGUUUACGACCUGCUGCACUGCCUGGUCACGGACCUGUCGGCCCAGGGCCUCACCGUGGACCACCAGUGCAUCGGGGUGUGCGACAAGCACCUCGUCAACCACUACUACUGCAAGCGCCCCAUCUAUGAGUUCAAGAUCACGUGGUGGAAGCGGGUUCACCUGAUGCUUCACUGAGGACCCAGAAUUCCCAUUGCUGAAAGCCCUGUACCUCUUUUCUCCUGUCCUGGGCCUGCACCCCCAAGACACACUCCAGUGCCUCGGUGGGGGUCACAAGGAGGCGCCAGCAUGAGUAGCCUCUGGCCCUUGUCCCUACAUCUUCAUGAUGCUGGAGUUGGUUGAGGCCGGUGAUCCUUCCAGGUAUGAGAGUUGCAGUAUAAUAAACAGAUUAAUGUCCAGAGGCACCUUUGAAAGAACCCCUACAGGGAGUGUCUGGAGCGGUCAAGGUGAAGCUGGCCACUUGGCUCGCACAAUGAGGGCGGGGCCGGUUUUUCAAACACUUUGGCUUCAGAAGAGGCUCCGUUAAAUGUACAAGACCCCAAGAGGCCAGCAGAGGAAUCCAGCUCUGGUUGCAGCUGAGAAGAGAAUGCAAAGUGCAGGCAGGCGGGUUCUUUACCACUGAGCCACCUGUGCAGCAGAGGCCAGCCAAAACCCAGAGCUUCCCAGAGUGGACAUGAAAACGGACAAUAUUCUCUUACAACAGCUGAUGGGCAUGCCAGGGGAGGAAGCUGAACUCCUGCUCACCUCUUUGCCAUCCAUGUGCCUUCACGUCCCACCCAUUCAAAAUGGAAAAUAACAGAGACUUCUUGGGACCUUACGUCUGACAUAUCAACCUAUAAGGUCUCCGUGCCUGAAUUGCAUUUGGAGUCAUUUGUGUCAGUCAGGAGAAAAAAAAAAAAACUACACAGUAAUUUGAAUAAUUUAUAUCUUGAAUAUAAAUAAUUACUAAUUAUAAUAUGAUUGGAGGAAUGAAGGAUUGGCUAAUAAAGAGUAGAGAUAACUAUAAAGAAUAUAGGAAUAGCCAAGAAGCAGCCACUAAGGCUGAGAUAGAGGGUCCAAGGAUGAAUACCCCCUCCCCCAAGAGCUGAUAUCCAGACCUUUUUGGACAAGGCAUGGCCGGGUUCGCUGAAUGACAGAGAAGUCAUGGGGGUGCUGUGCUGGUGAAAUUUGCUGGAAAUCUACCCUCUGGGGUGCCGAAAAAAUCUGUUCUUUAGGAGGUGUCUUGCCAGAGGCCCUCUACUACAAAACCACCCCUGGGAGUGCUGGGGAAAGCUCUUUGUGACUGCAGAUCACCUUGUAUGGCAGGAGCUGGGUGCUGGAGAAGCUAUAUGAGCUGUGAGAAAGCACACCAGAACCAGAAAGGAAACAUCUCUCCCCUUGCUUAUAUGUGGAAUCUAAAAUAUGAACCUAUUUACAGAAGAGACUCAGACUCACAGACACAGAGAUCAGACUUGUGGUUGCUGGGGAUAGGAGUGGGGGAGGGAGAGGGAUGGACUGGGAAUUUAGGAUUUGUAGAUGCAAACAAUUAAAUUUAGAAUGGAUAACAAGGUCCUACUGUAUAGCACAGGGGACUGUAUAAUUACUGUAGAAAAUAAUGGCUCAGUGUUAAGUCAAAAUUCCUGUCUUAGGCACACAUUAUUAAAAUUUGAAAUGAGACAGUUUGAACACCUAACUAAAUCAUUAUAGGGAUUUCCCUGGUGGUCAAGUGGUUAAGACUCCACUCCCAGUGGAGGGGCCCAGGUUCGAUCUCUGCUUGGGGAACUAUUUAUUACUAGAUCCCAUGGGCUGCAAUCGAGAGUUUGCAUGCUGCAAUUAAAGAACCCACAUGCCAUGAAGACAGAAGGUCUUGCAUGUCACAGCUAAGACCCGGUGCAGCCAAAUAAAUAAAUUAUUAAAAUAAAUAAUUAUACCCAUGGGUUAUAACCCAUUGAAUAAAAUAAGAAUCCAUGAAUUCAUAUUGACACAAAUGAAUAAGUAAUGGCAUAAAAGAGAUAGAAAGGAAAGUUCUUAAUUAGCAUAAAAUGUCAGCUAAUAUAGAAAGAAUGAUGGCAUUAGAAAAACCCCAUUAAAAAACUCCAUUAAAAAAAAAAACUCCAUUUUGUAAACAUCAUAAUUAGAACUGAAUCAUCAUCAAUCAUCAGUGGACUCUAAAUUUUUAAGAAAAAUAGGAUCUUUACAUAGUCUCAAAGUAUUUUCCUACAAAUUACUAAAUAAUUAUAAAGUAAAAAUAGUGACUUCACAGUGGAGACAUCAUGUACAUCACCUAUCUUAGUGCCUGGAGAAGAACACAACAUCAUGUGAUUUUUCUGCCAAAAAAAAAAAAUGAGUAGCAUGAAUCUAAUCAUGAGAAACAAAACAGAGAAACCCAAAGUGAAGGACAUAUUUUAGAACGACCAUCUUAUACUUUUGGGCUUCCCUUGUGGCUCGGCUGGUAAAAGAGUCUGCCUGCAAUGCGGGAGACCUGGGUUCGAUCCCUGGGUUGGGAAGAUCCCCUGGAAAAGGGAAGGCUACCCAUUCCAGUAUUCUGGCCUGGAGAAUUCCAUGGACUGUACAGUCCAUGGGGUCACAGAGAGUUGGACACAACUGAGCAACUGUCACUUCACUUAUACUUUACAAAAAUGUCAAGAUUAUGGAAGACAUUUAAAUAGAAGAACUAUUCCACAUUAAAGACUACUAAAGAGACAUGACAAUUAAGUGAUCCUGGGUUAGACUUGGGACCAGGGAAACAAUAGCUAUAACGGGCAUUUUGGGCACAAUUGAUGAAAAUUGAAUAAGGGUUAUAGAUUAAGUUAGAGGAUUUUAUCAAUGUUAACUUUCUUCAUUUUGAUAAUUUUGCUUUGGUUUUUCUCAGAUUAUUCUUAGGAAACACACACUGAAAUAUGUAGGUGUUUGCAACUUAGUCUUAAAUUCUUCAAGAAAAAGGGGAGAGAAAGCACAAAAGAAAGAAAAUUGGACAGAUCUACAAAUUCAGGAAACUGAAAAAACUCCUUGUAAGAUUAAUUCAAAAAGACCCACAGAAAACAGAUUAUAAUCAAAGAGUAGCAAGCCAAAGAAAAAGAAUCUUGAAAGCAUCGAGAGAAGGGGAUUUGUCAUUAGUAGACCUGCUCUAUAAGAAAUGCUAGAAGGACUUCUUCAAACUGAAGAAAAAAGGACACUAGAAGUCAUAUGAGGAAGUAAACAAUACCAAUAAAGAUGAAAACCUAGGUCAAUGUAAAGGUCAAUGUCAUUGUACUAAACGUUUAUAACUCCUCUCUUUUUUUCUUCUAUGAGCUUCCCGGUGGCUCAGUGGCAAAGAAUCCGCCUGCCAAUGCAGGAGAUUCGGGUUUGAUCCCUGAGUGGAGAAGAUCCCCUGGAAAAGGAAAUGGCAACCCACUCCAGUAUUUUUGCCUGGGAAAUUCCAGGGACAGAGGAGCCUGGUGGGCUACAGGCCGUAGGUUUGCAAGAGAGUCAGACAUGACUUAGCGACUAAACAACAACUUCCCUGUAUGAUUUUAAAGUCAUAUGUAUAAAACACUAAUUAUAAACCUAUGCUGAUAGGCAAACAAUUUAUAGAGAUAAAAUCUGACACUAACAGGAUAAAAUGAGAAGGACAUAGUUUUGGAAGCACAGUAUGUACUAUUUUCAAGAAAGUUGGUAUUAUUCAAACUAAGUUGUUUUAAGUUCAAAAUGUUAAUUGUAAUCCCAAAAGUAACCACGAAUAAAAUAACUAAAAAUUUACAGAAAAUGAAAAGAGUAGACUACAGAAAAACAUUUAAAUACCCAAAAAAUGCAGUAAUGAAAGAUUGAGGGGAAAAAACAUAAGUAGUUUAGAAAACAAGUAGCAAAAUGGCAGAUAUAAAGUCAUUAUUUAGCAGCAAUUACUUCAAAUGUAAGUAGAUUAAACUUUCCAGUUUAAAGCCAAAGAUUGGCAGAAUGUAUUUCCUAAACUCCAUCUAUCUGCUGUCUAUAAGAAACUUACCUUAAAUAAAGACACAAAGAGAUUGGAAGUAAAAUGAUGGAAAAAUAUAUUCCAUGAAAACAGUAACCAAAGGAAAGUGGAGGUGGUUAUAUUAUUAAACAGACUAGAUUUUACAUUUAAAAAGGUUACAAGAGAUAAGGACAUUAGAAACUCCCCACAACUACAGAAAAGCCCACGCAGCAAGGAAGAUCCAGUACAGCCAAAAAUAAAUAAAACUAUUUAAAAAACAGAUCUCAAAUCUAUAACUAUACACCAUAAGUGAAAGUCGCUCAGUUGUGUCUGACUCUUUGCAACCCCAUGGACUGUAGCUGCCAGGCUCCUCUGUCCAUGGAAUUCUUGAAGCCAGAAUGAUGGAGUGGGCAGCUGUUCCCUUCUCCAGGGGAUCUUCCCUACCCAGGUAUCGAACCUAGGUCUCCCACAUUGCAGACAGAUUCUUUACCAUCUGAGCCACCGGGGAAGCCCCCAUACACUUUAAAGGAACUAGAGAAAUGAAGAGCAAAUUGAGCCAAAGCUAGCAGAAGACAGAAAGUAAAGAUUAGAGUAGCAAUAAAUGGCAGAGAAGGCAAUGGCAACCCACUCCAGUACUCUUGCCUGGAGAAUCCCAUGGACACAGGAGCCUGGUAGGCUGCAGUUCAUGGGGUCAUGAAGAGUCGGACACAACUGUGUGACUUCACUUUGACUUUUCACUUCCGUGCAUUGGAGAAGGAAAUGGCAACCCACUCCAGGGUUCUUGCCUGGAGAAUCCCAGGGACGGCGGAGCCCGGUGGGCUGCCGUUUAUGGGGUCGCACAGAGUCGGACAUGACUGAAACGACUUACCAGCUUAGCAGCAAUAAAUGGAAUGGAGAAUAGGAUAACAAGAGAAUAUGGAAAAUCAAAAAAAACAAAAGUUUUUUUUUUUUAAAGAUCAUUAGAAUUGGUAAGUCUUGAGCUAGAUUGACUACAAAAAAGAGAAAACUCAAUUUGCUAAAAUCAGAAAGAAUGGGUCAUUACUAUUUACAUAAAUGAAAAGAUUUAUGAGAAUUCUGUGAAUAUUUGUGCACCAACAAAUUGAAUAACUAAAUGACCUAAUUCCUAGAAACACAAAUCCUACCAACUCUGAAUCACAAAGAAAUAGAAAAUCUGAAAAUACUUGUAACUAAUAAGGAGAUUGAAUCCAUAGUCAAAACCCUCCCAACAAAUAGAAGCCCUGGACUCUAUGGCUUUGCCAGUGAAUUCUACCAAAAGUUUAAAGAACUAAUAUCAGUCCUUCUCAAAGUCUUCCAAAAAAAAAAAAAAAAUUAAAAGUGGAGAGAAUGCUUUCUAACUGUGAAGCCAGCAUUGCCCUAAUACUGAGUCAGAUAAAGGCACUACAAGGAAACUAUACAGACUAAUAUUCCUUAAGAACACUAAUAUAAAAAUUCUCAACAAAAUACUAAUGAAUUCAGCAGCAUAUAAAAAAAAGUUACAUACUGUGAUCAAGUGAACUGUAUUCCUGGAAUAUACAAGGAUGGUUCAACAUAUAAAAAUUGAUCAUAUGUUACUCACUAUAUUGAAUCACCAACUCAAUGGCAUCACUGACUCGAUGGACAUGAGUUUGAAGUUUGAGCAAGCUCCGGGAGUUGGGGAUGGACAGGGAAGCCUGGUGUGCUGCAGUCCAAAGGGUCACAGAGUCGGACACGACUGAGUGACUAAACUGAACUGAUACUAAAAAAACUCCCCAGUCUUCUCAUUGAUUCAGAAAAAGCUUGUGACCCAAUUCAAUACCCUUUCAUAAUAAAAACACUUAAAAAGCUAGGAAUAUAAAUAAAAGAAAGCCACAUAUAUAAACCACAUAGCUGACACUAUACACAAUGAUGAAAGGUUAAAAGCUUAUCUGCUAAAAUAAGAAACUAGAUUAAGGAUGCCUGUUUUUGCCAAUUCUAUUCAAUGUAGUAUUGGAAGUUCUAGUUAGAGCAACUAGGCGAGGAAAAGAAAAGGCAUCCAAAUUGGAAAGGAAGGAGUAAAAUUUAUCUCUUUGAAGAUGAUGUGAUCUUAUAGUAGAAAACCCUAAGGACUCCACACACACACACAAAUCUGUUAGAACCAAUAGAUGAAUCAAGCAAUGUAGUAGUACAAAAUCAACACACUGAAAUCAAUUGCAUUUCUAAUACUGAACAAAGGGGAAAGUAGGGAAAGAAUUCCAUUUAAAAUAACAUCAAAAAGAAUAAAAUACUUUGGAAUUAAUUUAAUCAAGGAGGUGAAAGACUGAAAAUGGCAAAACCAUUGAUGAAAGAAAGAAGACAUAAAUAAAUGGAAAGACAUACCAUGUAAAUUGGUUUGUUGUUGAAUUUUAGGAGUUCUCUAUAUAUUCUGGAUAACAAUCCCUUAUCACAGGUAGGGAUUUGCAAAAACUUUUUCUUAUUCUCUGAGUUGACUUUAUACUCUAUUGACUGUUACCUUGGAUGCACAAAAGUUUUAAAUUUUGGUAAGUCCAAUAUGUCAAUUUUUUCUUUUAUUAGCUGUGCCUUUGGUGUAUAUCUAGGAAAUUAUUGCAAAAUCCAGCGUACUGAAGCUUUUCUCCCCUGUGUUUCCUUCUAAAUUUUCUCUCUUACAUUUAGGUCUUUGAUCCAUUUUGAGUUAAUUUUUUGUAUACAGUCUUAGAUAAGGGUCCAAUUUCAUUCUUUUGCAUGUAAAUUUCACAUUAUGUCUAUUUUACAAUAAAAAUUACAUUAAAAAUUAAUAUACUUUGAUGAUAAAAAACACCCAGUAAACUAGAAAUAGCAAGAAACUUCUCAACAUGAUAAAGGCCAUGUAUGAAAAACCCACUGGUAACAUCACACCAUGGUGAAAGACUGAAAGUUUUUUCACUGAGGUUGGCAACAAGGCGAGGAUGCAUACUUUAACCACUUCUAUUAGUAUGUUUUCAUUUCUCUUGGGUAGAUUCAUCUUAUCUAACCUUUCUGUAGAAUUUGACUCUGAUCAGUCCCUUGGCUAUCUCCUGUUAGCCUCCAUGUUACUCCUCUUUUCUAGUUUUCUUCUUGUUGCUUUUUUUCCCUUCUUUGCUGGCUCUUUUCCUUCUGAACCAGUCCAGGAUUUACUCUUACCUGCUUUUCAGUUUUCCCAACGGGACUGAUUUUUAUAAGUUGGUAUGCAAAAACAGGGCUUCCCUAGUAGCUCAGACGAUAAAAGCAUCUGCCUACAAUGCAAGAGACCCAGGUUCAAUCCCUGGGUCGGGAAGAUCCCCUGGAGAAGGAAAUGGCAACCCACUCCAGUAUCCUUGCCUGGAAAAUCCCAUGGAUGGAAGAGCCUGGUGGGCUGUACGGUCCAUGGGGUCACAAAGAGUCGGACACAACUGAGCGACUAACACACACACAGGCAAAAACAAAACAUACAUUGAAAUAAAGAUUAAAACAAUGAAUAUCUAUGUAACUGUCAUCCAACUCAGGAGCUAAAACAUUGCUUCCUCAGUUAACUAUGCCUUUGUUGCCUUUUCCAAUAGUCUCCACCACCACCAUCCCUUCUCCGGAGGGAAUGUGGUAGUUUUGUGCUAGUUUGUUCCACUAAUGGCCUCAGACCUUCCAGUGUCCUUUUUGCUAGUCCCCUCCCACUCUGACUUUGGGGUUGGCCCCUUACUUGCUUUGCCUAUUACCAUUUGGUCUCUUCUCCUUCCUCCCUCCCUUCAAUUCACUCUGCUACAGCUACUCAAGUUGGUGUCAGGAGGGCGUUUGCACUUGCUGUUCCCUGUGCCUCAAACAUUCUUGCCCAAAUACUUGCAUAGUACUGAGUUAGCCAGAAAGUUUGUUCAGGUUUUUCUGUAUGAUGUUACAACCCAAAUGAACUUUUUGGCCAACCCAAUGGUAAAGCUAGCUCCCUCACCCUUUGCUCUAGUCACCCUCUCAGCCAGGGCUUUCUUGUUCACCCUAAAAUGUCAAAUUUCUUGAUUGGACUCGCUAACCCUCUCCCUUGCAUUAUUUUUCUCCAUAGCAAUGAUCACUAUUCUAUGUACUAUUGUAAAUGACUUAUUAAUGGCUCCUGCACCUCUCCCCUAGAAUGUAAGCUUCUCAGCAUAGGUACUCUCUCUCUCUUUUUUAAAAU